GAGUUCCCCAGCACAUACUGCUCCCGUCUUUGCCCACACUGCAAUCUGCGUAAAGAAGGCCCCUCCUGUGCUUUGGUGGCGAAGGUUAGCUCCCGGCUCACUAUCCUUUCCAGGGAGCCUCAGUCCAGUUGUGCCCUCCUCUGUUCCCAAAGCACCCCUUUUCCCAGUCCUUCUAAGUAUCUUCACCUCUUUUUUAGACUCUCAACCUCUUAAGGACAGGUCAUUUCUUUUGUGUUUUCUAUUCUCACAUAGUAGGUAUCUGUUAAAGCUUGGUGGAUGAAAUGUCCCCAGCUUUCCCCCACAAUGUGAAGGUUAUUGUCUUCCCCCAGAAGCCCACAAAAUGGGAGGAGCCUGCCAGAUGGUACUUUCCAGACCUAGUCUCAUAUUCCUCUUAAACAUGACAAAAUGAAUUGUGCUCCUUUUCAUCGACCUUCUCUGAGGGUUUAUGCCGCUCAGGUAAUUUCAGCACAGCUAAAGAAAAUAAUCUCAUUCAGCUGAGCGCAGUCAUAAACACGACUGCGUGUAUGUAUGCCGGGAGAGAGACUGGGUUAAUUUAUGGUCUUUCGAUGUGCAAGGUUUGAUUAUAGAUUUUUCCCGUGAAGAACUCUUAAGAGACGGAUAAAAAACUUGAAACCGAAAAAUAAAGAAACCUAUGGAAAGAACAGGAAGACGAAACCCAGCAAGUUAAAAGCGGUAGGACAAGCAGGGUAGAGAAGGUUUCCAGGCAGGUUCCCGGGAGGGCGAGAGGCUGCCAUCCCCGAGUCCCUACCCCGCAGGCGCCCUAAGUGCGGCGCGGAAAAACGGUCGGCCGCGCCGCGGGCUGCCGUUCUCCCCGCGCGCCAGGCAGUUUGUAUCUCACACCCACAGAGACCACGUGAAGCCCUCAGUGUAAAAUCCCAGGAGGCCGGCCGCCUACUCCAGCAUCCUCACUCUCAUUAUUUUUUUGGUCCCGGCCCAGAGGAGCCGCCCUUACGCCCAGCCACCGCAAUUCCCCACCCACCCCCUCCUAGGACAGCGCGGCCAGAAGAAAAGCCGGUUCGGCGCAUCUUUCUUCCGUGCAAUCAACUCAAGUCAGGAUGUCUGCCCGCGGCCCGGCUAUCGGCAUCGACCUGGGCACCACCUACUCCUGUGUGGGGGUCUUCCAGCAUGGGAAAGUGGAGAUCAUUGCCAAUGACCAGGGCAACCGCACCACCCCCAGCUACGUGGCCUUCACCGACACCGAGCGCCUCAUCGGCGACGCCGCCAAGAACCAGGUGGCCAUGAACCCCACCAACACCAUCUUCGAUGCCAAGAGGCUGAUCGGGCGGAAGUUCGAGGACGCCACGGUGCAGUCGGACAUGAAACACUGGCCGUUCCGAGUGGUGAGCGAGGGAGGCAAGCCCAAAGUGCAGGUGGAGUACAAGGGGGAGAUCAAGACCUUCUUCCCGGAGGAGAUAUCCUCCAUGGUCCUCACCAAGAUGAAGGAGAUCGCGGAGGCCUACCUGGGCGGCAAGGUGCAGAGCGCGGUCAUCACCGUCCCGGCCUACUUCAACGACUCGCAGCGCCAGGCCACCAAGGACGCGGGCACCAUCACCGGCCUCAACGUGCUGCGCAUCAUCAACGAGCCCACGGCGGCGGCCAUCGCCUACGGCCUGGACAAGAAGGGCUGCGCGGGUGGCGAGAAGAACGUACUCAUUUUUGACCUGGGUGGUGGCACCUUUGACGUGUCCAUCUUGACUAUCGAGGACGGCAUCUUCGAGGUGAAGUCCACGGCCGGUGACACCCACCUGGGCGGCGAGGACUUCGACAACCGCAUGGUGAGCCACCUGGCUGAGGAGUUCAAGCGCAAACACAAGAAGGACAUUGGGCCCAACAAGCGCGCUGUGCGGCGGCUGCGCACCGCCUGCGAGCGCGCCAAGCGCACCUUGAGCUCGUCCACUCAGGCGAGCAUCGAGAUCGACUCGCUCUACGAGGGAGUGGACUUCUACACGUCCAUCACCCGCGCCCGCUUCGAGGAGCUCAACGCAGACCUUUUCCGCGGGACCCUGGAGCCGGUGGAGAAGGCUCUGCGCGACGCCAAGUUGGACAAGGGCCAGAUCCAGGAGAUCGUGCUGGUGGGCGGCUCCACCCGCAUCCCCAAGAUCCAGAAGCUGCUGCAGGAUUUCUUCAACGGCAAAGAGCUGAACAAAAGCAUCAACCCUGACGAGGCGGUGGCCUACGGCGCAGCGGUGCAGGCGGCCAUCCUCAUCGGUGACAAAUCAGAGAAUGUUCAGGAUCUGCUGCUGCUCGACGUGACCCCGUUGUCGUUGGGCAUAGAGACAGCUGGCGGCGUCAUGACUCCACUCAUCAAGAGGAACACCACGAUCCCCACUAAGCAGACGCAGACCUUCACCACCUACUCGGACAACCAGAGCAGCGUGCUGGUGCAGGUGUACGAGGGCGAACGGGCCAUGACCAAGGACAAUAACCUGCUGGGCAAGUUCGAUCUAACUGGGAUUCCUCCGGCGCCCCGCGGGGUCCCCCAGAUCGAGGUCACCUUCGACAUUGACGCUAAUGGCAUCCUUAACGUCACCGCAGCCGACAAGAGCACCGGUAAGGAAAACAAAAUCACCAUCACCAACGACAAAGGUCGUCUGAGCAAGGACGACAUUGACCGGAUGGUGCAGGAGGCAGAGCGGUACAAGUCCGAAGAUGAAGCUAAUCGCGACCGGGUGGCUGCCAAAAACGCGGUGGAGUCCUAUACCUACAACAUCAAGCAGACGGUGGAAGACGAGAAACUGAGGGGCAAGAUUAGCGAGCAGGACAAAAACAAGAUCCUCGACAAGUGUCAGGAGGUGAUCAAUUGGCUCGACCGAAACCAGAUGGCAGAGAAAGACGAGUAUGAACACAAGCAGAAAGAGCUCGAAAGAGUGUGCAACCCCAUCAUCAGCAAACUUUACCAAGGCGGUCCUGGCGGCGGCGGUUCUGGAGCCUCUGGCGGACCGACCAUCGAAGAAGUGGACUAAGCUUGCACUGGAGUCAGCAAACCUCUUUUCCUUUCUCUCCUUUCAUUUUUUUCCCUUUUGUUUUUUUCUUUGAAAUGUCCGUGUGCCAAGUGCAGAUCUGUUGUUGGAAGCCUUUAGCGUGUGUAGGCAUAUGAAAGGAAAGGUGCAACAACUUAGUUUAAUUAUAUAAGGUUUGUUCUUAAGUUAGAUUUUUAAAAACAUUAUUUGAGGUUUCUCUUUAAUGCAUUUUGUGUGUGUGCUGAUUUUAGCAUUUUUGGUUAGUUUGUGCAUGGAGAUUUGUUUGAGAUGGGAAACCUAAAGUUUGCACACCUGUCCUAUAGAAGCUUAGAAACAGUAAAAUGUUUAUUUUUAUGUACUAUAAAGUGAACAAUGCAGUAUAGACAGGUAUAUUUUUGCAAACAAAUGCAUAAAUGCAAAUUUAAAGUAAAGCUGAAAUUGAUCUCAAA